CCAAACCACAGAUCUUUCAACCAGGUCCGCCGUAUGCUCCGCCUCAGAUUCCUGGUUCGCUUGUCCCCAAUCUUCCGCCGCCACCACAAUUCCGUCCCGGGAUGCAGUUCCCUCAGGUUCCCAACUUUCAAAACCCUAUUCCUCCUCCAGGAUCCAUGCCUUAUCAAUCCCAGCCUCCUCCCAAUGGUAUGAGACCUUUCACGCCUAUGCCUAAUGGCUAUCCCGCUGUUCCUCCUCCCGCGUCUUUGAUUGAGAAACGUUGCAAGGCUUCAAAUAUUGGGUAGGGACCAACUCACUUCUACGCCUCCCUCAUGUUGGUUUCUAUGUUCAUCCUGGUGGUAUUUGUACUACUCUGGUGUCCAUAUCUAAUUUGCUCUAGUUUGUGGUAACAUUACACAAUGCAUUUUCAAUUCCGCUUCAUGGCACUCUUGAUUUAUGCUUAUUGCCGUUGUUCUGUUAACAUGUAGAACAUUUACUGAUGAAUUUCCAGAGACUUGUUUUGUUUUGUUGAUGCAGGGGUUCUCCGGUAUCCUUCUCCGUAUCCAACAAUGGUUCGUCCGGGUUUUAUUAUGCGCCCUCCUGGUACAGUCGGCGCUGUACCACUUGUACAACGUCCACCUAUCCCAGGAAUGCCUGGUCUCCGUCCCGUUAUGCCUCCUAUGAUUAGACCAGUUCUUGCGCCUUUCGCACCACCUGCAGAGAAACCCCAGACCACUAUUUACAUUGGCAAGAUAGCAACCGUGGAAAAUGACUUUAUGAUGUCUAUUCUCGAGUUUUGUGGUCAUGUCAAAGGCUGUUUACGUGCGGAAGAUCCGACCACCAAGAAACCUAAAGGUUUUGGAUUCUAUGAAUUUGAAUCAGCUGAAGGGAGUCUUCGUGCAAUACGCCUACUUACCAAACUAACUAUAGAUGGACAAGAGCUUUUGGUGAAUGUUAAUCAAGCAACAAAGGAGUAUUUGCUAAAAUAUGUUGAGAAGAAAAUUGAGAAUGCAAAGAAAGCCAAGGAAAGUCAAGGUGAAGGUCCUGAGAGUGAGCGAGAAAAAUCUGUAAUAUCUGCUGCGCCCACCGUUGGGGAGACGGGAAAGGAUGGAGAGCCAAAGAGUAAAGAAAACAUUGAUAUUGCUAAUUCUGCACUUCUAACUGAUGAAGAAAGAGAAGCUGACAAUGAGGCUAAGGAGAAAAUUGACAAUGCUAUUGAAGAAAGGUCAAAGACCAACCCUUUGCCUCCACCACCCCCACCCCCACCUGCUGAUGUUUCAGGCAUAGAGCUUGCUUUCAAAUCUAAGGAUGGAGACUCCAACACUAACGUAUCUCGGACUGAUUCCACUGCAAAUGAUGUUGAGACUCCUGGAGAACACAGUAGGCCUGACACAAGUUCACCUGAUUGGAGUAAGAGAAAUGACCGUAGAAGCAGAGAUAGAGGUGAAAAGGAGCAAGAAAUGGAUAGAUAUGAGAGGGAGGCUGAACGAGAACGAUUGAGGAAAGAGAGAGAGCACAGGAGGAAGCUUGAGGAUGCGGAGCGCGCUUACCAGACUCGUCUUCGACAGUGGGAACGCAAAGAAAGAGAAAAGGAGAAGGAACGACAGUACGAGAAGGAGAAGGAGAAAGACAAAGAGCGUAAGAGGAAAAAGGAAAUCCGCUAUGAGGAAGAGGAGGAUGAAGACGAUGAUGAUUCAAGAAGAAGAUGGCAUAGAAGUGCAGAAGAGAGAAGAAGACGGCGGCAAAGAGAGAAGGAGGAUGACUUGGCUGAUAGACUGAAAGAAGAGGAAGAGGUUGCUGAGGCGAAGAGGAUUGCUGAGGAGCAAAAGUUGCAGCAACAGCAGUUAGAUGCCUUAAGGCUCCUAUCUGGACAUGCAGUUAUUGGAAGUGAACCGAAUCAGACAUCAACCAUUGAAAACGAUAAUAAGGCAACUCUCCAAACUGUAGGUGAAUCUUUCAGUGAGCACCAUGCAUCAGAUAUGGAACAAAAUGGUUCUGGUAAUGAAAUGUCCAUGGCUGUUGAUAAUAACAGUGGGUCUGAGGCACAUGCUCCCUCCAAGAAAUUGGGAUUCGGGCUUGUCGGAUCCGGAAAACGGACAUCUGUACCUUCUGUUUUCUAUGAGGAGGAUGAAGAAGAAGCGCAUAAGGAUAAGAAGAUGAAACCUUUGGUUCCUAUAGAUUACUCAGCCGAGGAACAGGAAGCCGUGGCCCACGGUGGCUCAGGGAAUACACCACCACCUCAUUUGGCUUUAGCUGCUGAAUUUGCAAAACGAAUUUCGAGUAGUAAUCCCAAGGAAGAGACAACAGAAGGCGAUAAGCAUAGGAGCAAACAUUCUCAUGAUAAGCCAAUCCACCGGGAAAGGGAACGGGAAAAGGACAGAGACAGAGCCAGGGACCGAGGCGACGGGCAUGGUGGUUCAACCAAAGACGGUAAAGAUUCUGGAAAAGCAAAGACACCUGAUACCAAGAAGCUGAUGGAUGCCAAACAAUUGAUAGAUACAAUCCCAAAGACAAAGGAAGAGUUAUUUUCUUACGAGAUAAACUGGGCUAUGUAUGACAAGCACCAAUUGCACGAAAGAAUGAGGCCAUGGAUCUCAAAGAAAAUCAUGGAGUUUCUUGGAGAAGAGGAAGCCACACUGGUAGAUUUCAUUGUGUUAAACACUCAACAGCACGUGCAAGCGGCUCAAAUGCUUGAGCUAUUGCAAUCGAUACUAGAUGAAGAAGCUGAGAUGUUUGUUCUCAAGAUGUGGAGAAUGCUCAUCUUCGAGAUCAAGCGGGUCGAAACUGGUGUCCCGGUAAAAUCCAAAGCCUGAUACUUUUUUUUUUUGUUUAAAGACUUUUUCUUCCUUUGCUGCGUCCCCAAUUUUUUCAAGGUCUUGUUGUUUUUGGAUUUAAAGAAGAAUCACCAUGUUUACAGAGACAAAUCCUCUCAUACCCCUAUAUCUCAUAACACAAUCUCAAAAGGACCCUUUUGUUCUUUUAAUUUUAUGUCAAACGAAAAAAAUCAUAAAAUUAAAAUGAAAACGUUAAUAUUUUUUAUUUGA